AUGGCCUCAGACAGACCUGAAUUACCACCAACUCAACCUUCAUUCACCCUCCGAAAUUCUCACACAUCUCUGCUACCCAAACCGAACCCUUGGUCCGUGCGCGCUGUCUUGAACGAUCUCCCGAAUCCACCGCCCGAAGGCUCCUCUUCUCCCGUCCCAUUCUUCCACUACCUUGAGCGUCUAAAGAUUGAGAAGCGAGAAGGAUGGCGGAGGUUUGGUAUCUCCACCGGAGAGUCAAUAGCAGACCACAUGUAUCGCAUGUCCAUGAUCACCAUGCUCGCCCCACCAGAACUGAGCUCACGAUUGGACAUCCCGAGGUGUACCAAGAUGGCGUUGGUUCACGACAUGGCUGAAGGGCUCGUUGGAGACUUGACGCCCGUUGAUGGUGUGCCGAAAGUGGAAAAGAGCCGAAGGGAGGCCGAGACGAUGGAUUGGGUAGCUCAGUCAUUACUUGGGAAGGUCCACGGCGGCAUUCCAGGAAAGGAUCUCCGCUCAAUCUGGCAAGAAUACGAAGACAGCGAGACUCUGGAGUCGAAAUUUGUUCAUGAUGUGGACAAGUUGGAGCUAAUACUGCAGAUGGUAGAGUACGAGCGGGCCAACAAUUGCACCAUUGACCUGAGUGAGUUCAGCUGGGUGGCCAGGAGGAUCAGUCUGGAAGAGAUGAAAGCAUGGGCACAGGAGAUCUUGGAUGAAAGAGCCGAGUUGUGGAAGAGCAAAGAUAUGGCACCUCGAGAGCCCACACAGGCGGCGACAAUCAAGGAGCAACAGGCCGAAUACUACAGCAAUGGCGAUGGCAAGGUGUUCGGCAACGGAGUGAGCGAGAUGAAUGGACAUGUGAAAUGA